AUGGAUACGUUAAAAACAGUAAUUUGGAAUGCCAAUGGGCUACUUCAAAGAUUGCAAGAGCUGAAAGUUUUUAUACAUACAAAUAAAAUUGACGUUCUACUGAUCUCAGAAACACACUUCACGGUAAAAAGUUUUUUAAAAAUUCCACACUAUAAUGUAUAUGACACCAAACAUCCUUCUGGUAGGGGCCAUGGAGGUUCUGCGAUAAUUAUCAAGCAAGACAUCAAGCAUUUCUUCCUAUGCUCGUUCGCCGACGUCCACAUACAAGCUACCGCCGUAACUAUAAUCACAGAUUGUGGCAACAUUACACUGUCAGCUAUCUAUAGUCCUCCAAAACAUAAAAUAACGGUACAGCAAUACGAAAGCUUCUUCAAAUUAUUAGGUAAUAAAUUUAUUGCAGGUGGAGACUAUAACGCUAAACAUAAAUUAUGGGGCUCAAAAACAAUCACACCACGAGGUAAAAUUUUAGAACGAACUAUACGAAAACUAUCUUUAGAUACAAUAUCAACCGGUGAACCAACAUACUGGCCAUCGGCACAAGAAAAAACUCCAGGCUUACUAGACUUUGCAAUCACUAAAGGUUUACACAAACGCCACUUUGUAGCCCGUUCGUGCCUAGAUCUUACAUCAGAUCACUCUGCAAUUCUUACAGAUUUUUCAUCUAAACCAAUGUUCACGUACGGAACAAACCACUUAUACAACAAUAGCACCAAUUGGACCCAAUUUAAGGAUCACCUUGAAAUUAAAAUAAAUUGCAACAUACCACUAAAAACACCUGAACAAAUUGAAACAGCAGUUAUGAACUUCACUUACAUAAUACAAGAAGCAUGCUGGAUAGCCACUAAACAAACUGGAAACGAUAGAAAAUAUCUAUCCUUCCCUGACUAUAUUCUGCAGAAAAUAAAGAUGAAACGAAAAUUAAAAAACAUUUGGCAAAAACGCAAAACACAGCUCAACAAAAGCAGAUUAAACGCCAGUACUAAAGAAGUGAAACAAUUAAUACAAAACUACCUCAAUACUGAAUUUUACAAUUACAUAACAAAACUAUCACCCAAGGAGGACACGAAUUAUUCACUCUGGAAAGCCACCGAAAGAUUGAAAAGGUCAGCCAUUCUGCUACCUGCUAUAAAGAAAAAUGACUUUAGCUGGGCUAGGAGCACGCUUGACAGAGCAAAUGUUUUUGCUGAACACAUACAACACACUUUUAAACCAAAUACAGGCAGCUGUAAUAUUACUCCACAAGUAACUCCGCAGCCCACAACUGAGCACCAGGUACAAAUUAUAUCACCAACUACGGUAAAAGAAGUUACCCGCCUUAUUCAUGAAACUCGGGAUAAAAAAACGCCUGGGUUUGAUAUGAUAACUGGUAAGAUCCUCAAGGAACUUACACCCAAAGCGGUAAGAAUGCUCACUAUAAUCUUUAACGCGGUUCUAAGAAGUAAAUAUUUCCCUGUAAACUGGAAGUUAGCUCAGGUCAUUAUGCUGCCAAAACCAAAGAAGGAUCCUCACUUGCCAUCGUCAUACCGACCGGUCUCGCUUCUACCGCUAAUGUCUAAACUUUUAGAAUAA